UGAGAUCAUCGUGCUACCGGUCUGACUUGAAUUCUUGGCUAUUUUCAGUCACUAUCAUUGGAAGCGAGAGAGAGGGGAAGAGAUUGCGGAAGCCCUCAAGUACACACAGUUGUUCAGGACGAAUUUCCUACUGGCAGACACCUCAGAGCCAGCAGACUCAGCAGCAGUUCAUGCCAAACCAUUUUGGACAGAGCAGUCUUGAAGGAUCCGCCGACUUCUCUCACCUCUGUGUUUUUGCUGACCAGGCGCAAUCCGUUCAGGGUCAUCAGAGUUCCAGCACACAGGCCUUGCCCUUCCACCCGCAUUCGCAGAGCUUCCAGCAGCAAGUGUCUCAGGCGACAUUCUUUGGUCCCGGUCACCUGGCUGGUGCAGUCUUUCCAACUGAGACCAUGGUGCGUAAGGCAGGACCGACCAACAUGAAGAAUGGCACGUAGUAGCAAUAGUUAACGAACACAGCAGAGAGUCGUCCUGUUGAGUUUGUCCACCCCUUGGUCGCGAGAAUGGCAGCUCUGACCAAUCUGUUGCAUGGACGAAUCCAAACCAGCGGUACAAAUUCGGCAGGAGAUCCCUGCGCAGCCACCUGAACAGGUCAUCAAUGAUGAUGAAUUGAUGAGCUUCUCGGUCCGAGAGCUGAACCGUCGACUCCGUGGCCUUCCGAAGGACCAGGUGGUGCAGCUGAAGCAACGGCGAAGAACCCUCAAGAACAGAGGCUAUGCAGCAAACUGCCGUGAGAAGCGAGUCACGCAGAAAGAAUCUUUAGAAGUGGAACAGGAGAGACUCAAGAUGGAGGUGGAGAAGUUAGCCGUAGAGAAUGCCAAACAGCGAGAAGCUCUAGAUGACCUUCACAGGAAAUACAAAUCGCUCCUUCAUGUUGCUGCUAAAGCAGGUCCCGACAAGAUCAAGAUUUUGUCUGGACCGUUGACCCUUGCUGACCUCAACAAGGACAACACUAUCCCUGGUCCAAGCCAUCGACAGGAUGUACCUGUUGCAGGGGUCAUGGUCAAGCAAGAGGUGGUUGACCAGAGAUUAGGGGAUUAAAAAUGAUCCUAAUCCCAUUAUAACCUUCAAGAGCCAUGAGCAUCAAUGUGAAUUCUGUAAAGCUUUGAUCUACACGUCGGGCCUUUCCAUCUGUGGAGAUAUGAUUGAUGAAUAAACAUGGGGUUCUUUGAUUCAAAAGAGAUUAGGAUUAAGAUUACUUCAUGCGAUUGUACUUUGUGCCAAGUGAAGAUUAAGCCGUAUGUGAAUAUUAAUCUUGUGAUCUGUGACAAGUUUAUAAAUACACUUAUAAUCAGUCAUCUUAUUAGUGGUUUAUAGAAUGGCAUAUUUUCAGAUGAGAAAAGAACAUGAUAGAGAAGCAGGGGCCUGUUGCAGAAAGAGUUGCGUUUAAACGCAAGUCAAAAAAUCAAUCGCAAGUCAAAAAUGCGCGCUGUUGAUUGGUUGAAAAUCAAGUUGCGCAUGAUUUGUAGAGUUGCAAUUGAUUGCAACUCUUUCUGCAACGGGCCCCUGGGGGAUAAAUCGUUAAUGAGUCAAUGUUUAUCAAGGAAAAAGUUAUUAUUAUGCUCUUAACAGCAAAUACCCUGCUUUAAUGUUGGUAAAGGGUAAUAGAAUGGGCUUUGAUUUAUGUGGAGGUGUUUCAUAAAAACAUCCAUGUUGACAAAGUGCAAUUGAAUCUCAUGAUACUACAUGCAUAUACAGUGGCGCUCAAAAGUUAGUGAACCCCACCAGAAAAUGAAAAUAUUCAAGUUGUUCAAAUUCGGCACUGUUUUGAUUUGUGAAUUUAGGUGAUAAGAUAUUACAUACAAUAAAGUUUGUGUCUCUGCACCUGCCAAAUAUUGUAGUGUUGUUGCCUACAUUCAACACUCGGCAUGAAGGAGUGCAUUUUCUGGGGAGGUUCACUAACAGAGCACAACUGAAGUCUGGACUCGGUAUUGACAGAACUGUAGAGUUGAUCCUGCAGUUGAUUUGUUUUAGAACCUUUGUCUGUUGAAUACCCUUCAUACAUAGGCACAGUGUAGCACAUAUCCCCUGAUCAGAAACUGACCAAUGCAUUGAUGUAUCAUAAUAUUUCAUGCAACUGGGUAUUGAAGUACAACCAAGAUCAAACUUCAAUUUUUGUGAAACACCCUCUGAAUGUGAGCUGUAAAGUUGGACUGUUUGCAAGUGUUUUAUUUGUAUGUAUUAUGUGUAUAUUUCUGGUUAAUCAGGCAUUGAAUGUCAAAUAGUUUUUAUAAAAAGUAAAGAAAUUAUUGAUUUCUCAAUAUUUUGCAUUGUGUACAUGUAUAUUGUUUGUUUCAUGUUAACAUCAUAAUGGAAGAUUUAUCAUGAAUUCCUUCUGUAAAUCUCUUCUGUAUUUGUCAUCUUCUUUUUUGUUCCUCUUGUUUUGAAAUUUAAGGAAAGUUUAAGAUCAUGCCCACUCUUUAAAUGAGGCACUGUACUUGUACAUGUAGAUAUAUUAUUGUGAAUAGUAUUAGAGGUUUUGGUACAGUAUGGAUAGAAACUUUUUAAGUUUGUGUGAAAAAUGAGACGUGAGUGAAAUCGCUGAUUGUGGUUGUGGAAUGGUUGUCGGGUGUCUGAAUGAGAGCCCUUAAUAUUUGUUGAAAAUACUCUCUUAGAAAACACCUCAUUAAGAAGACAACUCAUAAUAGCUCAUACUCUGAUUAAUAUAUUUGCUAUAUAUGCCAAGAUGAAUAGUACAAUAUACACUGGUUAAUCUGAUUCGUUAGAUGACAUGAAGACGUUCUCUUGUCACAAACAAGAUAAUUUUGACCAAUUUUUGGUAAGCUUUUGUCACCCCUCAACAGUAACUGCAUCAUAUAUAUAUGAUGAAGCAGCUCACAUCAUCGUAGGUGGAAGCUUGUCAAAAGAGGUCAUGUUCUCGCUUGUGACACAAGCUCUUUCUUUGCUUCAUUCAUUAUCAUAAAUAUUUAUCCAGAUUUCAUUUAUUUCCCUCUAUUAUAUUCUUGGAUUUUGACGAGUGAGAUUGUGGUUACUGUGUGACUGUGAAUGUGUUUACUAUGUGAACAAAAUGAGAAAUUGAUUUCUCAUUACUUAUUUAUUUAUUUAUCUAACAAUGAAUUUUAUGUCUAACGGGUACGUUUUUUCUUGAUUUUAUUGAUCUUUUUUGUUAAAAGGAUUUGGGAUAUCACUGACUAGAGUUUUUGAUUUUCUAUAUUAUUGUCCUUCAUUGCAGUAACAAACUUCUUUUCUACCUUGGAACUGAAAGUCUAGUUUGUUGAUAUCCCAAAUUUCAAUAUAAUUCAGUAUUCUUUCUACGCUUUUUUAUGUUAUUAGGGGGGUAAUAAAUAAGUAGUAGUAGUAAUAGUAGUAAAUUAUUAGGUGAAUGUUGUAUGGUUCAUUGUCAGAAGUCUGUUGCAAUUUUUUAGUGGGUAUGAUAGGUUUGUGUGAAGUGCUCUGCGAAUGCUGAGGGAUUGGGAUAAUAAAUAAGGUAGUAGCAUUAGUAGUAUUUUAGUUGUAGUAGUCGUAGUCGUAGUAGUAGUAGUAGGAGUAGGAGUAGUAGUAGUAGUAGUAGUGGUAGAAGUAGUAGUAGUAGUAGAUUGUUAUUAUUAUUAUUAUUUGGUGAAUGUUGGAUGGUUCAUUGUCAGAAGUCUGUUACAAUUUUUUGAGUGUGUAUGUUAGGUUUGUCUGAAGUGCUUUUAUGAAUGCUGAAUGGCUGAAUGUUCGAGCAAAUUGAGCUGUUAUAUCGGAAAUGAAAUAAAACAUUAUUGGUAUUUGUGUGUUUGCUUGGGCUUUUAUAUUUAAUUCGAAGGGUUUUCAGAUGUAAUACCACGACUCCUUUCAAUUGUAGAGGGUUUGAUUAGUGAUUAUUACUUAAGCAGGUGGUCAUAUGAUCAUUGUUAAUAUUUGUUGUCUGUAUGUGUGUGUGUGAUGCAAGUUGUCUGUAUGUGUGUGUGUGUGAUGCAAGUAAUAGUAUGGAUGUGCUUUUGGCUUAUCAGUUUUGAUAUUGACAGCAGUGUUAAAUCCAAGUAAAUUUUCCCGUACACUUCUUAUAAUUCUGUCAUUGUCAAGAUGAUAUUAUACAACUAAAGAAAUGAGAUUUGUACAACAUUGUAUUCAUCUUUGUGAUUUAAUUCUAAUUAUUGAACACUGUUUCUCCAAAAUAGGAUUUCUUGAUGCUAAAUCCUGAAAUAUUUCAUGUGCCCCCCCUCUCCCCAUUGCACGAUACUGAAUGCAGAAGACCCCCAUAACCCUUCCCAUUGUUCCUAAUAGCUUUUUAGCCCCCAUCGCUUUCCUCUGGAAGGAGAGAAUAAAUCUGCUCCUGCAUUAGAUUAUGUUUUCACAACAAUUUGGUCAGUGUAUACAGACUUGUGUGUGCAGAACAUGUGAAUUACAUGACUAUGAGAUUACAAUUUUGAUAACUAUAAAUCAUGUACCUCUGAUUUUUGUCAAUAUGUUAAAAGGAUGAGAAUAAUUGUUCUUUCAUCAAUGUAUAUUAUUCAUGUUGCUUGCAGUACAAAAUAGAUACCAAAUGUGUAGGUAAAAGGACUUGUUGCCAUCAUUUAGUAGAUCAUUUUUGUUUGUUUUUAUUAUCACUUUUAAAGAUACCUUAUCAAGUCUGAACAAGUUAGAUUUGGUAUGUUGAACUUCAGACUUUGUCCAAAGUAGUAUCGUGUAAAACUCCGGACAGUUAAGAAGAACAAAAGUUUAUCGGGCAUUUAGGGACAAAUAUUAGUCAGCACUUUUUGGGAGCAGGCAACUUUGUUAUCAGCCAAGUGUGAUUAACAUGGAGAUUUUAGUUGUUUGAAAAUCAAGAUAGACGAGUGAAAAAAUAAAUUUGCAGAAACAGGCUCAUUAAUCAAAGGGGCAUUUUCACGGUAACUGACAUUACACAGCACAAUGUUUUCACACCUUUCAUUGUGUGUAUCUCUAAAACAACAAAUGAUGGGAGUUUGCUUUUGAUAGAGUUAAUAAAGUGAACCUUGCUGUAUACUCUGAUACUAAGUUUUCCUAUGUAACCACAUUUUUUUACGCAUCAGCAAGCAAAAAUGUGUCGGUAACUGACAUUACGCAAAAGGACAUGCAAUUUCAGGGUGUUCAUCAAAAUUGAAAUUUCUCAUGUCCCUGAGUAGAUAGAGUAAUAAUUUGAAUAUGUAAAUAUACCUCAGUUACUAGGUUAAGAUGUGUCAAAAUAUCAAACAAUUCGUUUUUGUAUUUUGGGGGCUAUGAUAAUUUUUCCACAACCAUGCUGGUAACUGACAUUACGGUAACUGACAUUACACUUAAUUUGCCAUAGAGAUAACACAUGGAAGUCAAAUGUGUGGAAUCAUUGCAUUGUAUCUUCUGUGCAGGGCUUCACAUGAAAGUGAGCUUGAUGUGGAAGUAUACCCGAGUUUCUAGGAACAUUUCUAUGAAAUUUUUUUUUCUUUUUCUUAAUUCCUUUCUUUGAUUUGAACAUUUUUAUCAUAACUUGUCGGUAACUGACAAUACACAUUAACAUUUACCAGUGCUAUAUGAUUUUCAAAGGCAUAAUUUUCUUGGUACUUAAAUAUAUGUAAGGCUUUUUAAAAUCAUAAAAGUUUCAUGAUACUUAACAUUUUUAAUUAUCAAAAGAUAAGAAAUGUAUGUUUUACUUACUCGGGGGGGGGGGGGGGUGGGUCAUAGCAGAGCUCUACAUGUUUUCCUAUAGUAAUUUAAUAUUGCAUUGACUGUACACAUGGAUUUUUCUGACUAUACACCCAUAAUAUAUUCAUCAGUUUUAUAAUGACUUUUUAAACCUUAUCCUUCUCCAAACUCCCCCUCCCCUCAAAAAAGGCAAAAUGAAUAAGGGUCUCCUCCCCUAUGCUACACGUACCCCUCCCCCGAAUCUCAUGCAGCCAUGUAGUUUUAUUGAUUUCUAUUCUGGUCAGUGCAAGCAACGCUUGUUCAUAUCUGUCGGAUUUCAAUUCUCUUCAUAAUUUUUUUAAUCAUUUUCUUUGCUAAUUUCUUUUCUAAGCUGUCAACAAAAAAUAAACUCCAGCUUCUAAACUGAAACUGAACUAUUUGUAAAUUAGAAAAAAAAACAGUUUUAGUAGAUCCAUGCAACAUUGAUCAGAACUGUCAAAUUUCACUUUUCAUCUAUACUUGUAAACCAAAAACAAAAUUGUAUUACACAUCCAUCUUCUAACCGGUAUAAAAACCAGGAAUUUACUUUUAGCGAGGCAAUGCUCAAAAUAAUCCUAGAAACUAAAAAAGGGACCCUGGAAAUCCCCUUCAUCACAAUGUUAAGCUUAAAAAAUGUUGCAGAUUUAGGCAAUAGGUUGGGAAAAUUACCCCCUACCCCCCCCUCGAAAACCAAACAAAAAAUUGUCUGAUACAAAAUUACAAACAAUUACUGUAGGUACUUGGUAAGUGCAUGUACAAAACAAUUUCAUAGUAAUUUUUUUUUGCACGAUGGGAAUGCAACUUCCUUCAUAAUUUCUAUUCCUUGUGAACUAUACCUUUUAAAAGUCAAUAGCAAGCUCCUUCUGGUGUGACUUAUAAAGUGAAAGAAGUAUACAAUAUUUCUUCACCAUAAAAUUGACCACAUAUUUGCAUUUCAAUAUUGGUAACCAACGUUUUAUCAUGGUAACUGACAUUACAUCUCGGUAACUGACAUUACAUUUUCCACUUGGUAACUGACAUUACAUAUAUUUAAUGGUACCCUAUGGCUUCAUUGUUAAUUGGUUAUCUUUAAUUUUGGUGUAGAAGAGAGGGGUGUUACCUAGAGAGGAAAUCUACCAAGUUUCAUAUAAUAUAUCCUCUUUUCCAGGAAAUGAGAAAAAAAAGUUCAUGUUUUCGGUAACUGACAUUACAUACCAUAUCACAUACUUCAUCAAUGUUUUUUUAUCAGAUGAAUGAAUUACUGGUGUUUCUUUCUGUGGGAUUUUAAAAAGUGUUAUAAUAGCAAGCUAAAUCACAGGCGAAAACAACAUGAUCAAACCUGUUCUUUAAAAAUCUGUCAAAACAAAAUAUGUAUCAAUAUACUAUUUUCAACACUAAUUUGUAUCCAUACUUUGGCAGCCAUUUUGAAAUAAAAAAUGGCUGCCAGAGUCGGAAAAAAAUUUUGUCUCAGAAACUUCAGGUCGUGUUUUAUUAAAAAACAUAAAGCAUUUGACAUGAAUAUCAACUUGAUUUUUUUGCCUCUGUGUCCAUCUGUGGUGAAAAUGCCCAAAGGAUGAGGUAAUAAAAAUACAGGUAAUGUGAUGAAAAUUUGAACUUUCAUUCUUUGAUGUGUGUUUGCAAACAACACGUUCCUCUCAGUUUGUAAGUACACUGCUGUGACUGAUUUUUUUUUUUUUAAAUCCUCACAGAAUGAAAAUGAAGAUUCAAGAUAUGUGAUAGUAUGAUUGCAGAGACUAUGCUUGUACAUGUACAUGUAUAUUGUGUGUACUGCAGGAAUAAUCAUCUUUUGGAUUUUCACACCCAUUUUGUAGAGCUCUUUAAACAAGAUGUGAGGAAUAGUAUAGUCUUUUUAAAAUCAUUUUUUGUGAACACUUAACAGUGCUAAUCUCGAUUUCAUUUCUUAUCCAUUCAUAUGGCAUUAUCUCCUUUGACAAUAAGUACACUGAAUGUUUAUGAACUUGACUUCUUUUAUUUCUUGUCUUGAACCUAUGAUUCAAUUUUUUGCAAGCUUUGUGUCUUUUGGAACAGAAUAGUCAUAAGAAAAACUUGUUACCUCAGCUUUAAUACUCAUUUCUUGAGAUUUGUAGGAUUCAUUAUCACGUUUUCUUCAUUUUGAAAAGAAUUAAGCAAAUGAUUAGAUCAAAUGUUUGUAAGUAGUUUUAAGUAGGUUUUCUGACACUGACUUAAAUAUACACUAUGGUUAGAUUAUUUGGUUUUAGGUUUUCAGAAUGAUAUAUACAAUGCUUUAAUAAAAGAGAUAUUUUGCUA